UGCAAACUUACAAGGCUGUUUCCGUCCUUUUCCCUUUCUGCAUCUCAACCUUUCCUUUCUUUCUUGGCUCUCCUCCGUCAUCGUUGUCUCUUUUUCCAACAUAACUAUUCGUGUCUUUCCUUUCUCCUUCAUUCACUUCCUUGUGCUUGUCUUCCCACUAUCAUUCAUGUAGGAUCAAUCAUCUUCAGCUUCACCCGCAGCUUCGUCUUCACUCUCCAUCUUCGUUAUCACCGUCAUCGUCGUCGUCGUCGUCGUCAUUGUCCAGAUCCGACCCCUUCUUUCCUUGACCCGGGAUCCUCUUCGCUGCUUGCUUCCCCGCCCUUCUUGGAGCGAUGCCGAAAGACGCCUUCUCGCAAGCAUUCCUUCCCCCUCUCGAAGCCGAUCCUGGUCGACCCCGAGACGGCUCCAUUCCCUACCCCUCCGGCAUGAGGAUCCUCCAGAAGCUGGCCUUUGGCCUUGUACCGAGCUUCCUCCAGCCAAGGCUGCGUCCCACGCCCCCCAAACCCCACCUCCAUCCGACCUCGUACCUCGAUGGCCUGCGUGGGAUCGCCUCGUUCAUUGUGAUGAUGGGACACUAUACAGAGGAGAAUCUGGGCUGGUACACUGAGCCUUAUGGUUUGUACGAGAACGGGGCCCCGUCGUCCCCUCUCCAGCUGCCCUUCGUUCGGGUCAUCUACUCGGCUCGUCCCAUGGUCCACAUCUUCUUCAUCAUCUCGGGCUACGUUCUGUCCUACAAGCCUCUCAAGCAGAUUCACUCGCAGCAAUAUGCCGCCCUCGCGACCACCCUCUCGUCGUCCGUCUUCCGGCGCGGUAUCCGCUUAUUCCUACCCUCGAUUGUCACACUGUUCAUUAUGGCUCUCGCCGUCUACUAUGGCCUGUCCGAUCCCCGAUAUGCCUCUCCGUUCUUGAGCCUCUCCCUUCAACUAUCACACUGGUGGAGCACCUGCUGGGAGCUGCUGUGGGCGUCAUGGGCCAUCAACGAUCUCUCAUACCCACAGCCGGUGUAUAAUCCAGCUCUCUGGACUAUUCCAGUCGAAUUUGCACAAUCGCUACUCCUCUUCAUAGUGAUCCUGGGCUUGUCGCGCUGUCUCACGAACAUCCGCCUGCUCAUCCUAUCCUGCGUGAUAGCAUUUUGCUUCCACACCGGGGAACUCUACGCCGUAGAAUUUCUCGGCGGCAUGUUUAUUGCUGAGGUUACUCUCCUCCAAAACCGCUCCCUCCUCUCCCCAACAUCGAGUCCAACCGUCCUGCCAAAAUACGUACUGGAUGAGAAACCCGAGAAGCCAAAAUGUGUCCCCACAAUCAAGCAGAAACUGAUUGAAGCAUUCUGGAUAGCAAACGUGAUCUGUGGUCUCUUCAUCGCGUCAUGGACCAACAACCAUGUCGAGGAGGUCUGGGGCUUACGCUUCUUGAACGCCCACACGCCCGAGCCGUACAGUGGCCAGAGAGUGUGGUUCUGUCUCGGAGCCUUCCAGAUCGUGGUCGCCUGCACUCAGGUCCGGUGCCUCCAGAACAUCUUCAACACCCACAUCGCCCAAUAUCUGGGCAAUAUCUCAUACGCUUUGUAUCUCACACACAAUCUUUGUCUUACCAUUCUGGAACCGCGCAUGCUUCCGCUUCUCGACUCCUAUUUCGCGAAGGACACCUUCUGGGGAAGGCAGAUCAAUUGGUUAGCCGGGCUGGUCCUAUACCUGCCAAUCAUUAUCUGCGUAGCGGACCUAUUCUGGAGGGCGGUGGAUAUGCCGACGGUCAAGUUCGCCAGGUGGGUAGAAGCGAAGUGCAUCGUGACGCCGAAGAAAACGUGAUUUAAGCGCCCGGGCGUGGGAAUGGAGGUGGGCAGGCGUUGGUUCUUCUGGCUUGGGGGUUACGGCGUUUGGAUGAAUUUGGGGAUGCUUAUGGAGGCUAUCUCAAGCCGAGCGUUCAUCCGGGAUGAAGCGCUCAGGCCCAAGCCGUUCAGAAUAGACAGACAGUCAGUCGCUAGUACACUAGAAUACUUCGUUCUCAUACAAAUAGAGAGACGAGAUCAACUAUCCGUGCCGUCUAGCA